AUGCUAGCUAAAGUCAAGAGUGUUGGUGUGCUCUGUACAGUAGUAUCGAUAGUGCUCUUAUUCACUCAUACCUACCUACGAUCAAACGUUGCUAUACAAAGUCAAAUAAUAGUUGGAAGAAGACAUCAUUCUACACAGAGUCAAAUAGAACUACCAAUAGUUAAAAGAGGAAAUCUUUCUACACAGACCAUAAAAAAGAGUGAUCCCACAAGAGGCUUUGUCGUAGCUGGUGACUUCUGGGAACAAUUUUCAUCUGCAAGUAGAAAUUUGCAAAAUCUUCAGUGCUGGGCAGGAAAGGUUGGAGCUAAGGUGGUGGAACCCUACUCUGUGAGCUCAAUGCUUCGCACAACAAUCGGACCACAGCAGUCCAAGCUAAAGUUCAGUGAUCUUAUUGAUCUGGAGUAUUGGAACCAAGAGAGUGUGAGGAUGAGAAAUGCAGAGGUUGUAUCAUAUGAGACGUUCCUGAAAGAAGCAACAAAAGAUGUUAUCAUAGUGCAACUCAAAUUCGUUAAAAGUAAGACCAGAACAUUGCAAGCAGAAGUGAAGCAAAAGCCCGACAAAUUCCAACCAAGAGAAAUCAGAUACAAAAACGGUUGCUCCAAACACAGUAAAUGGCCAAAUAAUGAUCUCAUCAGUCAAGCUGGCUUCAAUAUUGUACGAAAAGUUUGCUUCAACUUUGAAUAUGGAGACAAACUAACAAUUGAUGAAUUCAAUGAAGCUAUAUAUAACACACACAGCCCUAACAGUACUACAGUGUACUUUGAACAAUGGAAAGGACUGGCUGCUUCUGGCCGUAUAAAUGUUGUAAAUUCAGGAUGCUCAAAUACGGGUAUACAGGAGCACAUGCCUCCCAGUCCAAGGCUAUUAAAACAUGUCGACAGAUAUAUCACAAAAUACCUAACAAACAGUGAGUUUAUCGCUAUUAUUGCAAGGAUUGAAAAAUCAAAAAACGGACUAAGCAAGCGGCAAGGCUCUAUAGGAUACUGUCUAACAAAGACACUUGAGCAUUGGAAAAUGUUCUCUGCUAAAAAAAGUCUGAGCAAAACAUUUCUAUCCAUAGAUAUGGGAAAAUAUGGGAGCAAAAGUUUCAAACAAAAUGCCACGAUUCAGCAAGACUUUCAAAAUUUCUUUCAAGGUAUGUAUGGUGACAAGUGGAGCGUUGCAGAGUGGGAGCGAUCAUUUGAAGACAUUGGGGAUACCACCGAUGCAGGCUACAUAGCACUACUCCAGAAGAUGAUUGUCACAAGAGCAACGUGUGUGCUGUUUGUGGGUGGAGGGUCGUUCCAGAAGCACGCUCUGGCAUUGUAUCAAGCUAGAGUCCCUGAGGCUGAUUGGUGCAUUCAUAUAGUGCCUGUAUGUACUCAGAAGGGCAAUUUGGAACUUAUUCAUGCAUAGUUAAUGUUACUAGUAUCGAUCACAUUAAAA